AUGAAAUUUAUAAAGAAAAGCUUGAAAUACUAAAAACUUUAAUUGUAAUAUUUGAUAGGACAUUCAUAGGUAGCCUUAGAGUAAGAGAAUAGGCUAUUCUGGGCCUUAUGCGAAUUUAUAAGGAUGUUUUAGACAAUAGCAUUAGUGUUGUUAUAUCAGUAAAUAAUUCGAAUGUUGAGUACUGAUUAGAAAUUUGAAGAACCCUCCUACACUUAAGACAAGAUGGAAUUAAUAAGUAGAAUAUCAAUGCCAACAAUUUUAAUUCUAGAAUAUCUAUCAUUGGAGCAAAUAAUAUAUUUUCAGUUGAUUUUUUUAGCUUUGCUUUUUUUAAUGUUGUUGAUUAAUGUAAUUGCUGUAAGAUUGGAAUACAUUCAUUUUAAAGAGAUUAAAUUUCAAAACAAAAAGCAGUUUUGUAAGACCGAUGGAAAUAGUUUUUGUAUAUAUAUUUUAUGAUAUUCAAUAGAAUCCCUUAACUUAUUAAAUAGCACCUAUAAUGAUAAUGAUUUUAUAGAGCAUUUCUUACUAAAAUAGCUUAUGAUCACUGAUAAUGGUUCCCUUAUUGAAAUGUAUUUAUACAGAACCUCCUUACUAACCAAUUAUUUCACUCACAUCUUAUUUUUGCCUUAAAUAUAUUGGAUAGCAAUAAUAUUUUAUAGAAUUUUCAAUUCCUCCAAUUACUAAGUUGUCCUAUUUGCUUUAAAUUUUACUCUUAAUUUGAUUCAAUUAUUGUUUUUAAUAAUUUUAGAAGCCUUGUCUUUGUAUAUGCAAUAAUCCUACAGAUUAAAAGACACUAAUUAUUUAAGAUUAAGAGUUACAACAUCCUUUAAAAUUGGAUAGAUUUUAAGAAUUGUGCCCACAGUCUUAUACUUUAGUGUCUUGUAUCUAAUGGAUCACAAAACGAUAUAUGACAAUCUAUUAUUCUAAUCAAUAAUAAGUUGUUUUGUACUUUUGAAUCUCUUGUUUGAUUUAUAGGAUUAAUCAUAAAAUAUUCCAUUUGUUUAGCCAUAUAAAAUAUACGUCUUUCAUUUUGCCUUUUCGCUUACCUUUGGUAUUACUUUUACAAAAUUAUUACAAUUUUCAAUAACUGACAUCAUAACCUUAACUUUAAUGAGUAUUCCAUGUACAUGUAAAAUGCUUAAUCAACUGACAGAUUAUAAUUUUAAGAAUAUUGUUAUGAAAACACUUCAUGCUGAAAAUAUGCCGCUUAAGUAAAAAAUAUUAAAAAGAAGUUCUUAAACUAUCACAAAAUCUAUGGCUAUAAAUGACGAAGCUCAUUAAAUCGAGAGAUUGAUUUGGUUAUAGAAAUUAGAAUAAAUAAAUACAGUUAGGUUAACUAAUUAUAAAUAUUUCUUACAAUUUGUACGUUUAUACGAGUUGUUGGAUAUUUAGAAGUAACAGGUUUAUUCUCCUACUAAUGUGUUUAAUGCAAACUAAUCAAAAUUUUUGAUGCAAUGCAUAAUCUUAGUUAAGACUCAUAUUGAAUUAUGUAAUAAUGUCUAUUGCUUUUGCCGAGGGUUUAUGGGUGAAAAAAAACAGAGUUUAGAAAUGAAUCAUGACAAUAAACAAAUGAAAAUCUUUUCUGAUUAUACUUGUUCAAACUUAUUUGUUUCAGUUGAUUUAAUCGAUAGAUAUAUUAGAUAUUACAUAAAACUAAUCUUGAAUAUUCAGAUUUAUGUUACAUAACCCAAUCUAACUUACAUAACUUAAUUGAUUAGUUACAUUGGCAAAUCAGAGGAGUGUUAUUAGACCUGGCUAUAAAUAAUGGAAGUGAAAUUGCAAUUGCAAGAAUAAAAGAAGCCAUUCGAUGGUAUUGUUAUUAAUUUGAUGACCAGUUAUUCCAAAUAUCUCACUCUAUAAAGGACACAAUCUCAUUUGAGUGAAUUAUAAAUUAGAAAGACUAUUUAAUAUGGAGAUUACAGGAGUACUGAGCAUUAAAGGACCCAUUUCUUUAAUAAGUUAAUGGAUAGCUUAUAAAUGAAAUAAAAUUAUUUAAUAAAAUUAAGUAGCAAUAAGUUGAAUUAUGAAGAAGUUUAAUAACUGUAUAUUGAGUAAAAUAAAACACUUGAUAAAUUGCAAGGUGGUUUGUUACAGUUCUAUAAUUAAUCUCAAUGUAGAACAUCAACAUUAUUAUUAAUGUUUUAUUACUUAGAGAUACGUUGUGAUUACUUUUCAUUUUACCAAUAUAAAAAUGUAAAAAACAACAUAUUCUUUAAUUUUAGAGUCUUAGAUCCAAAGAAAUAAAGUUUUUCGAAAUUCCAAUACUAUCUCAUCAAUCUCAAAAUGUCAGCUAUCUGAAGAUAAAUCUCUCUAGAUUUUCGAAAUACAAAUGCAGAGGAGAAAUCUUAUCUCGCUCAGAUAAUUCAUAUAACUUUUUUGGCUAUUAAAACAUGGAUGAAUUCUGCAACUAAAUUUAGACUGUUCAUUAAUUGGUACCACCAUUAAUUUCAAAAGUGCAUAACACAAUAAUGGAAUUGUUUUUGAUGAGUAGUAGACCAAAUGUACUUAGACAAGAACGCCAUUUGAUAGCUCAAAAAGCCAAUCAAGAGAUUGUAUUCAUAGAGAUGUUUAUUGAUGUCUGUUUUACAAUUACUGCUACUUAAUUUCCUGUUUAUUGUUUUAUGUAGGAACUUAAACCGAUAGGUAAAUUUGAGAAUGUGAGAGGCCAUAUAAUUGUUGAUGAUUAUGAAAUCAUCUAAGGUAUCAGUUCUUAUGCUUAUCAAUCACUUUUUCUCGAUUCAACAUAGGAGAUUUGCAAUCAAGAAAUCUCUAAGUUUUAUAAUGAUUUCAAUGAAAAUAUUUAAAAGCUAAACUUGAUGAUGGAUUCAAAAACAGUAAGAGAAAAGAGAAAAUCUUAAGUGAUGAAUAACCAAUAAAUUAAGCGAUAAAAGAAUAUUAAGUCUGUUUAUAAUCAUUAUAAAUUGAAACUCGAAGAUUAAUUAUUUGUUCUUAAUUCUUAAGAUAAAUUUCUUAUAGACUUAACAUUGACUUUAACUUAUGGAAUUGUCAAUAGUAAAAUAUCAAAAGUAUCAUUAUUAAUUUAUAUUAUAAUUUGUAUAGUUCUACAUCAUCGAGUUUAACAAGGUGCACUAACUUGAACUUACAGAUAACAGUUUCAAUGAUCAUUCUAUCUAGCUUUAAGACAGCAUUCAGUAAUCUUCUAAAAAGACAGACACACUUCCAAAUAUUUAAGACGAUGAAAAAGCCAGUAAUGAAUCCUCAAUAAGAAUGCACCAAUACUCUUUUCCUUAAAUUAAUGAGUAAUGCAUUACUGAAUCUUAGAAUCAGAUUUAAUAGUUGAAUUAAGCUCCAUUUCAGGAACGAAAAAGAUUGACUUUAAUAAGAGCAGAAAGAAAGUCAAAGUUCUUUGCAAGUAAAGGUAAUGCUCGAAUUUCAAAUUCAGAUAAUUAAAUUAAUAAUGAAUAUUAUUCAAAUUAAGACUAAGAUUAUCACUAAGCAUCAGCUACAUCAUAAAAGCAAUAAUCAGAGGGAUCCAAAUAUCUCUUUAAAGGCGUUCAAUAUUAUGAAUUUUGUAACUCAACUAAUGAGAAAAUAUUAUACAUAAUGCAUCUGAUAAAUGCUCUGAUUUUUGCAAUCAUCAUAACAUUCUUACUCAUGUAUUAACUAAGAUACAACUCAGAAAGUGACACAAUGAUGCCUACAUUUGAAAUCCUCAAAGCCUUUACAUCCACGAAUUAUGUAGAUAGUAUUUAACUAUCUUUAAUGUCUUAAAGUCCAAAUGCCUCAAAAUCAGAUCAAUUUUAUUUACAUCUGAAUAGCUUGUUGGUUGAAAACUCAAUGAUUUUUGUCGAUCAACAAAAGAAUUAUUUAUUGACUUCCUAAAUAUAGGAUGUCUUUAAAAAUUCGGACACUCAGGAAUUAAAUUAGAUGAAGAUUGAUGUUCUCUAUUUAACUUUGACGACAUUAUAUGAUUAAAUAGAUUUCGUGUAGAAUUAGGAUUUAAUACAGAUUGACGAAGUGCCUACGUUUGUUAAUUUAAUGAAAGAAUUCCCAAUUCAUAAAACCUUGUAUGAAGAGAUUAAUCUAUCAUUUCAGCAGUAAGUUCAAGAUUCGAUUAAUAACUUCAAUGAUUCCUAAAGAAGUCUUAUCUUGGCUUUGGUAGUUUUGAGCUUUUUCAUUUCAGUGGUUUCAUUGAUAGCUUAUUAUAAUUAUUUUAAAUACCUAAGGAAGAUUACUAGAUGUAGUGAACAGGUUUCAAUAGACUGCAUUGACAGGGAAAUCAAUUUUUGUGCAAACAUCCUUAGUAAUAAAUAAGUAAACAAUUUAUCUCCAUAAUUAGAAAAUAAACAUUUAUGAUCUCAAGAUGGAUUUCUCAUAGCACUAGGAAAACUAAACUAUUCAUUCAAGUUAUAGACCUAUGAACAAUAAUAAUAGUUUGCAGAAAAUGAAAAGGUAUCUAAAUCUAAAGGAUGUAUUUACAAUCAAAAGAACCUUAAACUUUCUUUACCCUUUAUUUUGUUUAGCAUUCAUCUUAAUUUAUCUUCUAUUUUCCUAUUUUGACACUCUGGAUGCCAUGUAAACUUUAAUAGACAACAUUGACGUCUACAAUCAGAGUAUUAAAUACUUGGAAUCCUUUUCCAUCAUGUGUCAGAGUAGCAUCAUAUAUGAGAAUAGGGAUUAUCUAUUAAAUAAAAACUAUUUAACAAAGUAGUUAUUAUAGGAGUAUUAUGAUUACAUUGGUUCAUCAUUAACCUAUCUAUAAGAAUCAAGUAAAUUAAGAUCUCAAUUUUUUAGGUUUCAGAAGUACUCAAAGCAAUGAUUUAUUGAAGGAGAACAUUUGCAGCAUCCUGAGUGUUUAAAUCGAUGUUUCUAUUUGUGAAUAAGUACAUCAAGGUUUAUUGCAGAAUGGAAUUUUGGAAUCAGUGCAAUACUAUUAGGUGCAUUACAUGAAUAAUUACGUUUCCAAUUAUUCGAGUUUCAUUGAGUAUUCCACAUCAGAAGAUGCCAUUGCCAUUAGUUUUAUAAUCAAAGGGAUCAAUAAUUAUGUGGAUUAAUUGAAAUUGGACUUAGAAAAUUAUAUCGAUGAUAAUUAGAAUAGAAGAUUGGAUUGGUUUAUUUUUGUAAUUUCAAUAGCCAUAGUUCUUUAAAUUACUUUAUGGCUAGUUUAAUCUUGGAAUCUAAAAUAAAAAUUGCGAUCAUUAAAACAGUUUGUCUUUUUGUUGCCUAGAACUAGUUUAUAUAUGAAUGAUAGUUUUUUGAAGACACUUAACUAUGUUUAAAGACAUUAAAAUGAUGUAUGGUAAUGA